AUGGUGGGAAUCCCGCUGCAUUUUCUGACCAAGGUGGGCGAGGACGGGCAGCUGGAGGAGCGGUUCAUGGACUGCUUUAAUCGAAGGCUGCUGCACCGCGAGGAGUGUGUGCAGCUCAUCAGGUCGAUGGGGCUGGAGUACAGUCAUCGCCUGCUGGCUCCUGUGGGCGCGCAGGCCGUGCUCGUCCGCAUGUGCAACAACCUCCUCGCCAUCUACGCACAGAGGCAGGCGGAUGGUGACGGCAGGACGCAACCAUCAAGGGACGCGCAGAGGCGCCUGCUACCACUCCUGGACCUGCUGCUAGCCGUCAACCCCAGCGACGUGGGCGAGCGCUUUCACAAGGCGAAGCUGCUGCUGACCGUGCCUGACUUUGACGCGGUUACAGCAGAGCUGCACGUGCUGCUGCAGGCGUCGGGGCAGCAGGGGGCCGUGCCGGGCGCGGUGCCGCGCGCGCUGCUGCAGCAGUUCAUGGACAAUGCACAGCAGAUGCGCAGGCAGCACGAGCUGUGGUGCAACGAGCACUUCACGCCCCGUCCAGCAGACCUGGCGUUCCGAGUGGGCACGAUAGUGCGGCACCGGCGGUUCGGGUACCGCGGGAUCGUGUUCGGGUGGGACCCUCGCUGCACCGCGGACGAGACAUGGAUAGCGCAGAUGCAGGUGGACAAGCUGCGACUGGGGCGAGUACAGCCCUUCUAUCGAUUGCUCGUGGAUGUCAGGGACCACCCUCACCACACCACCUAUGUGCCUCAGGAGAACCUUGUUCCGUCACCCGAAGUUGGGCCUGUUCACAAUGAGGAGCUUGGUGCCUACUUCCUCGGACUCAGAGCGGGGCGAUACGUGCCAAAUGCCUACUUGCGGUAUCGCUAUCCCGACGAUUUUUCUGAUGUGCCAGGACGAUGA